AUGCGAGCUAAUAUGGGCGACGUUCUUGCGAAUGAUAAGGUUUACGUGAAAGACCUACGCAAGCGAUUUUACGAUAGCCGCGGAAGCCCGUUCUGGGCCACUGCUGGUGUCUCGUUUGGCGUGAAGAAGGGCGAGUCCUUUGGUCUUUUAGGACCUAACGGUGCGGGAAAAACGACUCUGUUCAACAUGUUGAGCGGUGACGUGACGAUUGGACCACCAGAUUUGAGGCUAAUUCGAUCGAAUUUUCUAUCAUGAAUUUUUUAGAGGUAGAAAUCAUAUUAGGUCGUGGGGAAUAAAUUGAUUCAGUUUCAGAUGAACUGCGCAGAGAAGAACGGGAUUCUCUCGCUUUUUCUGGUCUAUCCUUGCUGAGUAGAUAAGUAUGCAGACAACUGACCACCAAUGAGUAUGCAGUAAUAUCCUCAACGAGAACGACCACUUCCAUUACCCUUUUCCUGCUCUAACAGACACGGGAACUAUUGUCAUCGAUGACGUCGAAAAUGUUGACAGCGAUUUUGCCUACGCGAGACAGAUCCUCGGACUGUGUCCUCAAUUCGACAAGAUUUGGCCCAAAAUUUCAGCCGAGGCCCAUUUACGUCUCUACGCGCGAAUUACAGGUCAAUACUAUCCGAGGACUGCGGAGCGUGCUCGCACUGCAAGCGAUGAGGCAGUUAUGCUAGGUGUGGUGAUAAGUGAACAGAAGAGGCACUUCUAACACACGAUGCCAAACAAGUACAACAACUCAAAUACAAAUUAGGUUUAGAUGAACCGGCCAUAGACAUAUUUAAUGUCCAACAUGAAUUCUUGUUCCAAAAUCGAAGCGAUGUGCAUUACGUAGCUUCGAAAAGGAUGAUAAUGUCAAAGAAAUGCUGUAAUCUUCUGCGACUGAUCUUCAAGUACACUGCGCCUCCAUCUCCUGGUUUACUUCUGAGUAGAUGUUCCUCGUCUAAAACAGGCGGCGAAAGUGAGCCGCUUCUCACUGGUGGAGACUGGGGAGAAGAACGCAUUCAGCGAUUCUUGAGUGAGGUCAGCUUGUCGGAAGAGGACGCGAAACGACCUUCUGGAGGUUACUCAGGUGGAAUGAAGAGGAAGCUCUCUGUCGCCUUCACACUCAUAACUGAUCCGGAACUGGUCUUCUUCGACGAAAUGUCGGCGGGGGUAUAAGCAAUGCUGCAUAUAAUUGAUGAUAUAUAAUUUACUCAUCUGAGUAAGUUUUAGUCUAUAUUAUUUAGCUCUAGGUUAGAAUGGUAGACUCAUUCCUCCAAGUUCUUGGUAGUUAUAUCAAACUUGUCAGUUAUUCUUUUUCUUAUUCACCUUGAUGUUGUAAUUCCGAUUCCAACCUUCCUUCUUGCUUCCAUAAUUCCUUGGGUGUAAACUCAAAAUUGUGCUGCACAUCAGAGUAUUGUAUAGAUAUAACUAGAGAUAAUAUUUUCCCCAAGUAGUAGUUCUCACCCUGUUCGUCUGGCCCUUGAGCAAGAAACAAAAUGAAGUGAUGAAAUAUAGGUGGACAUUGUUGCGCAACGGGCUCUCUGGACGAAACUGAUACACCGACCCGUGGGACAGACGGUCAUAUCAACGACGCACUCUAUGAUGGAAGCGGACGCGACGUGUGACAAGCUAGCAAUCUUGGUUGGCGGUCGAUUGCAAUGCUUCGGCGUGACGUCUCGAAUCAAGGAGCUUUAUUUAAGGAACUGUUCGUUUUCGUAAGGAUAUUCUGCAUGUGCAACAUCUGCCAGAAGUAGAGGUUCUGACUAUAAUAUUGAUAUCCUUCUGUUAGAAGAUGUUCUGGCUCUUCUGCUGUCGCUUCAAUACAUGACGAGGAGAGGCGGAAGAAUCUCUUCUGUCUCGCUGCUGUCUUUCGUUGCUAACGAGACAGCUAUAAUCGUUUACAACAUUUAAAUUGUCUUCGUACUAGUCCUGGAUUUUCCUAGUCUAUUCCCACUUCGAUGAAGACCUCUAAAAUGUGGCAGCGGCUAUCACUUAGAGCUCAUUCUCAAAGACUCGGACUCAAUUUUCGAUGAAGAUGAAGAGGCUUCAACCAGUAUUGAAAUCAAUUUGUGAUUUUUAGACGGCUUAGACAUAGACUUGGGGUUCCAUCAUUCGAUUUGCUUCUUCAAUAUUUUGUCUGAGUGUCCACGUCCCGAUUCAAUAUCAAUUAUUCCUCGAAGUUUCAUUUAUCCAAUCACGAUAAGGUCAUCGGCGUAAGAGCUACGGGGAAAAAGUGAACGAGGUGAGGACCUCUGGCGUAGAGGCUCCUGAAGGAAAUGUGACUCCCCUUAUUACUUCGAUCAAGGACCACUUGGCAAGCCAUGGCAUGGAGAACGUGCCGUCGAUCACAACCUUGGAAAAAAUGCCAUUUGGCGCGGGCCGCGGCAGACUUGUACUCGGAAUCGGUGUCGAUCAUACUGCAGCAUGCGCGGUAUUCGUAUGCGUUGGUGCUUGUGCUCAUCCACAUUUUCAUAUUAGACAUUACGAAUGUAAAAGUUUUUUGAUAAUAUUGAUUUUCAUCUUCAGAAGUUGUAUCUUUACGCGCAUUCAACAUUGAUGUCAGCAUGUUACCACCAGUCUUUAUUCCGUUUCAAUUAUUCACUUCUAAAUUUACUACACCAGGGAGUGGGAGCCGCGGACUUUGCCGCAAAGCAGGGAAAUUUGUCUCGCGUAUUGAGCCCGAUUUUCGAAUGGUGCCUGGCCGAUUCCAUGGGAAUGGUCGAGGACUUUUCACUCGGGGAACCAACUUUGGAGCAGGUCUUCUUGCGCUUCGCGAAACAGCAGGAGAUGCUCGACUCCCUUCGAGGUCUAGGUGACUAAGUAGAUCUAACUUGAACGUCUUCAACCUUUUCAGAAAGUAGGUGCGACGCAUUGCAUCAUGAUAGAGACAUCACGCUUCGAACAUGUAAUUAUUUGCUUUAUAAACAUCGGCCAUAACCACUAUGAUAGGACACAUAGAGCAUAGUUUUAGUCCAUUGUUGAUGCAACGUCAAUCAGAGCAUAACAUGCGACGAGAAUCGCCAACUUAAUAAAGUGAGAAUCAAAACUAUCGAAACUGCUUGCAGUUCUUACACCAUCAAAAAUCUUGGUAAUAACGCAGAUGUACGUAGUACCUGAAUAGAAGUUGCAUAUUGCUCGGCAUUCGUCGCGAAAGUCGAAGUCGUAGUCGAAAGUGAUUGUUUUAUUUGUUAGUUUCGUUGUACACAACUACGAGAAUUCCAUUGCAUAUUGAAAUGAAGUGAUAGUCAUUCAAGUGAUCCAUCAUAUUGUUGCUCAGUGAUAUCCAAAGCAAUCAUUAUUCGCAUAUUCCAGUAUUCAGAGAAAUUUGCUGUCUAGGGCAAUGGACAGUUGUGACCCUUCACGAAAAUCAAAACUUAUCAGGAUGUCAGGCAUCGUGUGCAUGCCUGACGAAAGAAAAUGACCUUACCUACCGAUAUCGCCAGCUAUGUGUAUGAUAUUUCUUGAUCUACGUCAGCAAUACAACACUGUCUGAACCCGACUCCUACUCCACGGCUAAAAGAAUAUCAACGACAACAGUUACUUCAGGG